AUGUUCAGAGCUGUGUUUGGAAACAAGAGAGAUGAAGGAGGAGGAGGAAAACGAGGAGAUAAAAAGAACCAGAGACACUCAGGUGUUGAGGCAUACACUCACAGCACUUUGCAGAGCAGUAGCAGCAGGCGGGCCGCAAAUCCCCAGGGCCAUGAUGGUUACAAAGAAAGAUCAGCAAAACUGAAGAGACUGACCAAGGGUGUGUCCAUUUCUUUACCGUCCUCGCCUAUUCUCCCUCGCCAGGCUGACAUUGGUCCCUCCCACUCCUGCAUCAAGUUCCCAGGACGGGUAAGGAAGCUGGAGUAUGUGGAUGGCUCUUCCGAUGCGAGAGAACCUCUUGUCUUUGCCUCGUGCCGUGGCAAGACAGAUCACAGAGACCUCCACGUGGAGCCCCAACCGGGCUCCUCCCUUUCUACCCAGGAACUGAUGACCAGACUAUGUUUCUUAUUGGGAGAAGCAACACCCAGCACUGCUAGCUCUCCUAUGGAGGACAGGAGGGAAAAGAAGUGUGAUACCUCCGCUCAAGGAGGGAGUCCCAGCUCCACUCUGACCUGCAGCACUGCCUCUCCAUGUUCAGAGAGCCCCUCUUCCACCCUGAGCCCCAGUGUUGGAGACCAACCGUUGCCCCAUCCUUUACCCCUGCCUUCAACCCAUUGUGGCUCCAGUACCAGCCCCAGUGGGACCCUCUCCAACCCUGUCAUCACUGGGAGCAGCCCUGGGCCUCCUUCUCAAAGCCCCACCUCCACCCUGGAUAGCAAGGAUAGUGGAAUCAUAGCAACCAUCACAAGUUCUUCUGAGAAUGAGGAGCGCAGCAUUUCAAGUGCGGAUCUGACCAAGGAUGAAGGCCCGGGGGUCAAUGCUGGUGUAAUGGGCCAUACAGGCGAGGACAGCCAUCCUGGGGCCACCAGGGACAAUCUGACAGCCCAACCAGAUAAGACCUUACCUAGAACUGACAUCAUGGAGGCCAGGACUCCGCCCCCACCGAAGAGACCCCUCCCACAGCAUCACAUACACUGCACCUCCUCCCUCAUGAUGCCCCGUCCAAAUUCUGUGGCAGCAACCAGCUCCACUAGACUGGAGGAUUUGAAUUAUCUGGACAACCAAAGGGCUGCUGGACACAGGAGCUCCGUCCGCAAACACAACACAGCUGGACGCACAAAUGAUGACUCCAAAGGGAGAUUGGUUCCAUUCAAACAAAGUGACAUCAUGCUAAAGCCGCUGCUGUUUGAAGUCCCCGGCAUCACCGCAGAAACACCCUUUGUGGGCCGGGACUGGCUCUUCACACGUCUGGACGAGGUCUUGAGAAAGACAAGCAGCUGUGAAGGACGAGGUGCUGUCAUUGUCGGUAAUGCAGGAUCUGGCAAGACUGCUAUCAUCUGGCGGCUGGUGACGCUCAGCUGUCAUGGUAUGCGCACUCUACAGGGAGGGCCCAGCAUCCCUCACAGCCCCAGCUCCUCCCCUGAAUCCGAUUCCCAAACCAACCAGAGUGCUGUUGCAGGAACAAGCGAUGGUGCAGCACAGAGGAAGGAGGCUGUCAGAUGCCUAGCUGCCAAGGUGGUAGCCUACCAUUUCUGCCAGGCUGACAACACAUACACUUGUCUGGUACCUGAGUUUGUUCAUAGUGUCGCCGCCCUGCUGGCCAGAGCACCACAGCUAGGUCCAUACAGGGAGCUGCUGGUACAAGAGCCUCAACUACAGAACACACUCAGCCUGCGAUCCUGUGUACAAGACCCCAUUGCUGCCUUCCGAAAAGGUGUCCUAGAGCCCAUAGCUAGUCUGCGCAAAGAGCGGAGGCUACCGGAAGAAGACUACAUUAUAUUGGUUGACAGUCUCAAUGAAGCAGAGUUCCACAAACCAGACUACGGUGACACCAUUGCCACCUUCAUCACAAAGAUUAUCUCCAAAUUCCCUCUCUGGCUCAAGCUGGUGGUCACAGUCAGGACAGGCCUGGUGGAAAUUACUACCCUCCUUCCCUUCUCUGGCAUCUCUCUGGACAUCCUGCCAGACAGCAGUGAUCUGGGAGCUGACCUGAGUGACUACAUCCAUCACCGGGUCAGCAGCAGCACCCAGGUCGCCACUAACGUCACCACACCGACAGGCUCCGCCCCUGAUCCACUGCUCCUCAGCAAAUUCAGCAGCCACCUGUCAACACGCAGUCAUGGCUCCAUCCUCUACCUUCAGCUGACCCUGGAUCUUUUCCAUAAAGGCCAUCUGGCGCUGAAAGGAGGAAACUACCUGGUGGUGCCUGUCUCCCUGUCAGAGGUUUACCUGCUGAUGUGCCGUGUGAGCUUCCCGGAUAAAGAGGUCUUUGAACUGGUACUUCCGGUGCUAAAUGUGGCACUGGCCUCGCUGCACCCACUGACUGAUGAACAAAUGUUCAGGGCACUGAAUGCAGGCAGUGUGAGAGGGGAGCUGGAGUGGAAGGACUUCCAGCAGAGAUUAGACAGCCUGGCUGGAUUCAUGGUGAGACGCAGAGAUGGCACACGGAUGCUGUGUCACCCCUCCUUCAGGGAGUGGCUGGUUUGGAGAGCAGAUGGAGAGAGCACAGACUUUCUCUGUGACCCGAGGAGCGGCCACGCUCUCCUGGCCUUCAUGUUCUCGAGACAGGAGGGCAAGCUGAACCGGCAGCAGACCAUGGAAUUGGGACACCACAUCCUCAAGGCUCAUAUAUUCAAGGGUCUGAGUAAGAAGACAGGUGUGUCCUCCAGCGUUCUUCAGGCCAUGUGGGUAAACUGCAGCACAGACAGUCUGUCCGCUGCGCUUGCCUCCCUGCGGAACUUGUACACACCUAACACCAAGGUAAGUCGUCUGUUGAUGCUGGGUGGCGCUAAUGUGAGCUGGUGUACAGAGGUGGUAGGACACGCCCCCAUCCUAGCCGUCCAUGCUCACCUGGGACAUGUGGAGAUGGUAGCGCUGUUACUAGAAAUGGGCGCUCCUGUAGAUGGGAUCACCGACAGCGGCAUGACGCCCCUGUGUUUGGCUGCCGCUGCAGGACACGCUGACAUCGUCAGCCUGCUCUGCAAGAAAGCGGCCAAGGUGGGCCAUGCUGAUAAGAGUGGCCACUGUGCUCUGGUCCAUGCUGGGCUGAAGGGCCAUGCAGAAAUCAUCAACAUCUUGCUGGGCCAGGAUUGGGGACCAGAGAACCCCACUGAUCCACAGAAGCACCUCAGCAAUGAGACUGUGACUGAGAAAACACAGGCAGUACAGCAGGCGGUAACAGCAGCAGCCAGUGUGGGGCACACACAGGUGGUGAAAAGCUUGCUGGACUUGAAAGACGAACAGCUGGCAGUGCAGAUGGACGCUCACGACUCUCUCUGGGGAGAAACGGUGCUGAGUGCGGCAGCGGGGAGAGGGAGGAUGGAGGUGUGUGUGUUCUUACUGGAGCGGGGGGCAGUGCUGGAAUUGUCAAAUCGCAGGGGGGUGGUCCCACUCCUCUGCGCUACAAAACACGGACACACACAGGUUGUGGAGCUGCUGCUGAAGCAAGGUACAGACAUCAAUGUCAGUGACAAGCAGGGUCGCACUGCACUGAUGCUGGCUGCGUCUGAAGGCCACAUAAGCACCGUUGAACUGCUGCUGUCAAAGAGUGCCGCUCUGUCCUCUGCUGAUCAGGAGGGGCUGACCGCACUUAGCUGGGCCUGUAUGAAGGGCCAGAAAGGUGUGGUGCAGCUUCUGGUGGAGGCAGGUGCAGACCUGAACCAACCAGACAGACAGGGGCGGACUCCUCUUGACCUAGCGGCCCUUAAUGGGGAUGCAGAUACAGUGCAUUGCCUAGUGGACCAUGGAGCGGUGUUGGAGAGGGCCGAUAACAACGGCACCAGGGCUUCAGACAGGACUCCCGGCUGCCAGAACCCGGCCCUGGUGGCUUUGCUGCUCAAGAAAGGAUCCAAGAUGGGCUAUAGAACAGCUCCACAUGAUCGAUCAGGUCACGCUACAUGGGCUAUGGCUUCCUCCAAACCAGACAUCCUCCUCAUCCUGCUGCAGAAGCUGAUGGAGGAAGGGAACAUGCUUUACAAGAAAGGACGUAUGAAAGAAGCAGGCCAGCGAUACCAGUAUGCCCUGAGGAAGCUACCUCGUGAGGGGCAAGGAGAGGAGCUGAAAGGGCUGAAAGACCUGCGGGUCUCCCUCUAUCUCAACCUUUCCCGCUGCCGCAGGAAAACCAAUGACUUUGGCAUAGCUGAGGAGUUUGCAACAAAAGCCUUGGACCUCAAACCCAGGUCUUACGAAGCGUAUUAUGCCAGAGCACGGGCCAAGAGGAGCAGCAGGCAGUUUGCUGCAGCGCUGGCAGACCUCCACGAAGCAGCACGACUCUGCCCGUCCAACCGGGAGAUCCGCCGCCUGCUGGUACGGGUAGAGGAAGAGUGCAAACAUCAUCAGAAGCUAUCCAGCAACAACACGCCACAGGGUUACAACAGGGACCCUCACACCCACCACCAUCAAGCCACAGAGGAGGAGACAGAAGUAUAUUCACAAGGAAGUCCAGAGAGGCAAAUCCCUGUGGAGCAGACAGAUGCAGAGAAAGAAGAAGAAGUGAAGGAAGAAGGUGAGGAGGUGAGCAUGCAAUGUGGGAAAAGCCCAGAAUUUUGGCCUCAGAAUCCGUAUGCUCCGAACAGGACUCUCCCUGGAGGUGUGGCCUUCAGUUUAGCAGAUCAGGUGCCAUGUUUCCCUCAAGAGGAGUUUGUACAGAACCAACUUUUCAUGGACUUGCCGGAGCCUGCUCCGCCUAUCCACAGGCAAAGCCAAAACCAGGGUAGCAGGAGUCAUCACCACUGCCACUCCCUCCAGUCAGGGAACAGAGUCGGGGGCAGGCCUCUUUCUCUGUGCGGCCCCUCCAGUCCUCUGCCAGGAAGACACAUCUCCACCUCCCUGAGGCCUGCGCCGGUGCUGGGUAUUGACAUCGGCCCUGGAUCAGCCAAUGAACACUCUGGACUCAGCCCCACUGAGCACUAUCACCCCAUGUCCCCCAACAGCUCCUCCCCACCUGGCCCUCUUCAGAUGUACCAGCCCCGCUCCUCCAGCUUCUCCAGGGGCUCUGACAGACUCUCCACCCACUCUGUGGCUCUGGAUGGCUUGGCUCUCGCUCUGGGGUCUGGUAUGGAGGUUAGGAGGGAGGGCGGCGGAGGGGGAACAGCAGGCUCAAGGGGCUCUAGCUCAAGUCAGGCCUCCAGUGGGAACCAAUCAGACUGCGGCAGGCAACAGGUGCCGGACACCCCCUGCCCCCUCAAGAGCAGCGGUAGCUUCAAGACAAAACCUGAGCUGAAGCCCCGGCCCUUCAUGGGGGUCAUGGACAAAGCAGUGCGAGUCCAGAGCCAGCAGACCUCUGGCCUGGGCAGACAGGGGCAGGGAGGAGGAGGAGGAGGGGUAGGAGGGGAGAGUUUCAGUAUGUCAGUCAUGGAGUUCCAGGGGUUGAACAAUGAGUACAAACGCGCCUCAUUCCAGGAGCAGCUCUCUGGAAGUCAGGCCAACAGCCAGCAGCAGGGCCGGGAGUAUGGAGAGCGGCUCCACCAGCGAGAGGCCAGAGCCACCAUUUCCUCCCAGCUACGCUUUCCAGACGGGAGGCACAGACAGGCGAGCCUGACGAGAGACAACCCGGCUCUGCAUAUGGCUCCCAUCAAACCCAAACGCUCAUUUAUAGAGUCUAAUGUCUGAAUAUAGUUUAUAAAAACACAGAUACAGGCUGUUUUCAACAAACUACGUCCCACAUAAGGUAGCAAGGGAGACCUGUUUGAGAACUGCUCCUUUCCCUGAGCCUGUUUUGUAGAGUUAUGCUGCUGCACUGCAUUUACAAUCUAGAACCAGUGUUCAACUCAGGCUACUACGCUUUUGCUUACAUGUCUACAGCUACACUAGUGUAUUCAAGAAAACCAGACAUACCUUAAGUAGGGAUUUAAAAAUAAGUAGUAUAUUGUCUCAAGUUUUAAUUUAUCAUAUCGAAUAUAGAAGUCAAAGAAAGCUUUGUGCACAAAUAUGCGAAACCUCACGCUAUUAGUUGCAGGAAAUGACCAUUUCUAUUGUCAAGUGUCUUUUAAAAAACAUUUAUAUUUGUACGGUGUACACUAUAUUUGCAGAUUAUAUAUUUCCCUGUAAGUGGUUAUCUGUCGCCAUUACAGGCUUAAAAAGAAAUGACUUUGUGU